GCCCAAUUUAUUUGGCACGGAUGCCACCCGUCGCCCGUCUCCCCUCCCUGUCUUCGGAGCCGGCGAUGUCGCUGGAGCUCCAUCCCCACGCGCCAUCGCCGCAGUACGAUGAGGAGGAGAAAGCCUCCCCCUCCUCCUCCUCCUCCUCCUCGGCGUCGUCGCCCGCGGCGGAGGACGCGAGACCCUUUCUCCGACGCUCGGCGUCGGCUGCUGGAGGCGGCGGGAGAAGCCGGAGGCGGAGGACCGUCAGCGAACCCUCGCUCCGAUCCCUCUCCUCCCACACCUCGCGGGGCCGCUCCUUCGGUAGAGACGUCGGCCACGCUGCCGCCGAGACGUUUCUUCUUACCCGCCUCGCCAUCACCCUCCUCCGCUAUCUCGGGGUGGGCUAUAGGUGGAUCACAAAGUUUCUUGCUCUUAUUUGUUAUGCAACUUUGCUUAUGCCAGGAUUUCUCCAGGUUGGAUAUUAUUAUUUCUUCUCAAGUCAGGUACGUAGAAGCAUUAUAUAUGGAGAUCGGCCAAGAAAUCGAUUAGAUCUCUAUUUACCGACAAAAGUUGAUGGUUUGAAACCAGUUGUUGCAUUUGUUACUGGAGGAGCGUGGAUUAUCGGUUAUAAAGCUUGGGGUGCACUUUUAGGAAGGCGGUUGGCAGAAAGAGGCAUCAUAGUGGCAUGCAUAGAUUAUAGAAAUUUCCCUCAAGGAACCAUCAGCGAUAUGGUGGAGGAUGCAUCUCAAGGCAUCUCAUUCGUGUGCAAUAACAUUGGAAGUUAUGGAGGCGAUCCAAACAGGAUCUAUUUGAUUGGACAAUCUGCGGGUGCACAUAUUGCUGCUUGCACUAUUCUUGAUCAGGCAAUUAAAGAAUGUGGAGAAAGAGAGUGCACAUCAUGGAGUGUCUCACAAAUAAAAGCAUACUUUGGUAUAUCUGGGGGGUAUAACAUGCUUGAGUUGGUCGAUCAUUUCCAUAGUCGUGGCCUGUACCGGUCUAUUUUUCUAAGCAUAAUGGAAGGGGAGCAAAACUUGUGGCGUUUUUCUCCUGAAGUUCUGGUCCAGGAUUCUAGUAUUAAACAUGCCAUAUCUUUGCUGCCUCAUGUCAUCCUGUUUCAUGGAACAAGUGAUCAAUCUAUACCAUCAACUGCCAGCAAAAAGUUUGUUGAUACCCUUCACAGUGUUGGUGCUAAGGUUGACAUCGUUUUAUUUGAAGGAAAAACUCACACAGAUCUGUUUCUUCAGGAUCCUCUUAGAGGGGGAAAGGAUGAACUGCUGGAACAUAUUGCUGCAGUCAUUUAUGGUGGUGUUGCAGCUGCACAUGCCCAUAUAUCUGUAGCACCCUUGCCACGUCGUCUUGUUCCUGAAUUCAUGUUGCAGCUGGCUCGCAAAAUAAGUCCCUUCUAGAAAUUCAUGUUUCAAUUACAAGUUGGAGAGGCCACAUAUCUGGUGGUUGGCGUGGCACGUGAUCCCACCUAUGCUUUUGUCUCAAUGUUGGCUGGCGCUGUGCUUUGGCUCUUUGCACCUCCAUGAUCUAACUCUUACGAUGCACUUCUUCGUCUCAAUGUUUCUUGCUUCUCCACACUGAUCUACUCACAUCAACGUGGGGAGCGUCUGCAAGAAAUUGAGGCAGUAUGACUACAACCAUCAAUGAAACCGAUCUCCAUUUAACUUGAAACAACUGAUGGCUACACCAUGGCUUCUGUUUCCGGCAUUUCAUAUGUAUAAGUACAUGUAGUUGUUCAGUAUGGUGAAAAGAGUCUCAUCUGUUUCCAGCAUUUGAUGUGUAGGUGGAAAACCAGAAGUAGGUUAAGAAGGUCACCAUGCUGAAAGUGAUACGAGAAACAGAGCACAGUAUUUUACGGAAGGAUAUAAAUUCUCAAACAUGUUUGAGUUCA